AUGAGUAAGUUACCUGCCGCUACCGUGCGCGACGCGGUUGAGGAAAUUCUCGCUGAGGCGACCGAGAAAAAGCGUAAUUUCCAGGAGACCAUCGAGCUUCAGAUCGGCCUCAAAAACUACGACACCAAGAAGGACAAGCGUUUUGCCGGGUCUAUUAAGCUGCCCAACGUCCCUCGCCCUAACAUGAAGGUCGCCAUUCUGGGUAACGCCGUGCAUGUUUCGGAAGCUGAGAAGAUUGGCAUCCCGGCGUAUUCGACCGACGAUCUCAAGAAGUUCAACAAGCAGAAGAAACCUAUCAAGAAGUUCGCGAAGAAAUACGAUGCCUUCCUUGCUUCCGAUUCUAUUAUCAAGACCAUCCCAAGAAUCUUGGGUCCCGGUCUGAACAAGGCCGGUAAGUUUCCUAGCUUGCUUACCCAGAGCGAUUCGAUGGAGGAUAAGGUGUCGGAAAUCCAAUCCACCAUUAAGUUUCAGCUCAAGAAGGUGCUGUGCAUGGCGGCGGCAGUCGGUCACGUGAACAUGCCCGAGGAGCAAGUAACGGCCAACAUUAUUCUCGCUGUCAACUUUCUUGUAUCUUUGUUGAAGAAGAACUGGCAGAAUGUCAAGAGCUUGCACGUGAAGAGCACCAUGGGCAAGCCGAAGCGUAUCUUCUAG